UUUAAGGGGGAAAAGGAAAGAAUUUCAAUGAUCAUUAGGUACUCAUCAAAAUUUCCAUACACAACAUUAUGUAUUUCAGCCGUCUACAGGAAAUUUUGCGCUAUCCGGCGUGAAAUUGCAGGCCCUUUAUGGGCUAGGUUUACAGCAGUAUUGCUGCAUGAAAAUCAUACUGUACCUCUUUUAUUGAAACUAGGCUUUCAAAGAAUUUACAUGUCGUACUAUUGAUCGAGUUCUACGUAUUCAAAGUAUUUCAAUAUGUUCCAUUCCCGUUGUCCCUUGAACAUCACUGACAUUAAAACUAAAGUUAUUGAAUUGAAAAUGUAUCAAUUUUCAUUUUGGUGUACACCAUUCGAGAACUGACAUUCCAUUCACGAACAUUAAAUCCUGGAGCAAAACAUGCGAUUCAUAUCCGUUGAAUUGUCUCCCCUGCACACUCGAAUACCGUGCUUUAAGGGGGAAAAGGAAAGAAUUUCAAUGAUCAUUAGGUACUCAUCAAAAUUUCCAUACACAACAUUAUGUAUUUCAGCCGUCUACAGGAAAUUUUGCGCUAUCCGGCGUGAAAUUGCAGGCCCUUUAUGGGCUAGGUUUACAGCAGUAUUGCUGCAUGAAAAUCAUACUGUACCUGUUUUAUUGGAACCCGCCUUUAGUAUAUCAGAUGAUAUAUGUGGCAAUGCUAGCAUACUUACCUGGUACAGGGGCUACCAAUAUGGAAUCCACCAAUACCAGUCAUAAUCAUGUCGAUUUAGACGUGUUGCAGAGGUCCGUGCGCUUGUUUGUUUCCGGGUCCAGGAGACAAACAGUUACACGUUUUGAAAUAGUGAAGCUGUUGCUGGCCGCUGGUGUUCCUGGGAAGGAGAUAGUUUCCGUUUUUAGAUUAGAGGCACCCAACGCAUGGUUCGUGACCUUGAACUCGGAAGAUCUCGUUGAUGACGUGGUUGGGAAGGGACCGAUGAGACAGCCACAUUUUACCUUGUCUCCAGAGCGUUGUGACCAACGCCGCCUAUCUCUCCGGGUCCAAUGGUUGCCCACCUGGAUAUCAGAUGAUGCCAUUGCUGCGUAUUUUCAUCAACUGUAUGGCAAGGUUAUUAACAUUUCAAGGGAGACAACGACAGUUGGCACAGUUUUAUUGGAAACCGGUACGAGGGAGAUAACCAUGGUAAUCAGAGAGGGUGACCAAGACAGGAUCCCUUACAGAGCCCGACUGUUUGGCAAAGUGGCCCUUAUCAUGGUACCUGGACGACCUCCGAUAUGCCUACGGUGUCAGCAGGUGGGACAUGUGCGUUCCCAAUGUCCCGGGAGAUCCGAACCGACGACUCGGGUGUCUUACGCUAAGGCAGCCCAGUCGUCGGAGUCUCUGACUGAGCAGAGCACACCAGCUAGCCCUGAAGUUGCUGCCGCGAGCCCCUCAGCCGGAGGGAGCGGUCCUGUGUCAAGUCCACCGGUUCCAGAGAGUGGUCCGACCGCGAGCCCCUCGCCCGGAGGGAGCGGUGCAGAGGUAUCGAUUAAGCGGCCUAUUCGGGAGAUUGAUGAGGACGGGUUUCAAGUGUCGAAGAAGGGGCGCCACACUCCUCGUUCGCCGAUGAUACUCUCCAACGGAGAUAUCAUGCCCGGACAGUAUACCCCAGAGGAGGACAGUGACAUGGAGGAUGAUGCUGAUCAGUCAGGAGACAACCUCGUGAUUGACGAGGAUUCGUCCGGAGUUGUUUGAUAGUGUUUCCCCCUUCUUUUUUGGAUAACGGACAUUGAACUUUUAUGAUUUCAUUUAUGGCGGCGGCAUUGCGAUUCAUUUACGACCCAUGCGUGUCUACGGACUAUGAGUUUCGUCUCACCUUGAAGGUGUUUAUAGAUUUUCCGAAAGCGCGUUUACAGAGGAAAUUUAGUUUUGCCUACAGCGAAAAUGGAAGUCCACAGUCAAGAAUUGGGCAUUCUUACUGUACACUGCUACCACAAUCAAAAUUGUCUCUGAAAGGUGUUUUAGACGACUCAAUCUGAGGCAGACGAAAGCGUCAACGAAUCUUCGUAUUUCUCUGUGACUGGACAGCGCU